CACCAUGACUAUGGAUCAGUGAUGUCAGCGGUCCCUGGAAUGCUCUACUUGCAUGAUUGUGUCGCGUUGUUUGAUGGCAGCUGGCAAGACAUCUGGUGAAAAGAGCAUCCUUCGUCGUGCAUGACCUUUCCCUCGUCUCCAUAUCACCGUCCGUCGGCACGUCCCUCACAUGUCACGCUAAGGUGACUUCCAAGCAGUUUUUUCCACUUUUGCGCACAAUGUCGGAGCGGCACGAGAUGUACAUCGGGGACGCAGUGGCCAAGCGGACCGCCCAGGCUGUGCGUGAGGACAUAUGCAAACUGUCAGGUAGUCUAAUUAUGAGAAAGAGUGUCGCUCAUCUGUUUCAGUAGAGCCACGGCGGUCCAUGUCAUGUGCAGCAGGCUUUCAGGGAUUCAGAUUAGCUCCAGACUGAUCGCUCUCACAAACAGAUAGGGAGCGAGGGGCUGGUGGCAAUAGUCGUUACUAUACAGCCUAACAAUCUGGAUCUAUUUCAUUUUCUCCGCCAAGUCUCAAUGUCAUAAUGGACAGGUUGCACUCCUCCAUGCGUAAAAGGCUCUACAGCUUGCCACAGCACAUUGGACACAAAGCCUCUAUAAUGGGCGAAGGAGAAGACGCAGACAAGGACACCCGGAGGAAGAGUCUUAGGAUGAAGCCUCUACCGUCACCGUCGCCGACCUCUGGGGGAAGCUGCAAAGGCAUCGGGGAGACCAAAAGUGGGGAGUCUGUGAUCAUGGAGACGGACAUAGGGAGACCGAUGAAGACCAGCUCAAAUGGAGAUUGUCGGAGAUUUCGAGGCAGCCUCUCGUCCAUCACAAGUCGCCAUGUGCACGACUCUGACUCGGCGGAGGAGAGGCGCCUCAUCACCGAGGGGGAUGUCACCCCGAGCGAGGAGAGCCCCCCCGGAGCCAUCGGUGAUGGGCCGCCGGAUCAAGGCGCGCAAGGGGCCAGCGGUGGCGGUGGCACCCAGAAAGAUUCCCCAGACCAGCAGUCAGGGUUUAUAAAGUUGGAUGGCAUUGAUCAAAUUCUGCCGGACGACGAGAGAUUAUAUCAAGCUGGGUUCAUGCACAGACAGUUUGGAGCAAUGCUUCAACCAGGGGUCAACAAGUUCUCCCUGAGGAUGUUUGGAAGUGAGAAGGCGGUUGAACGGGAACAAGAGCGGGUUAAAUCCGCCGGAUUUUGGAUAAUUCACCCGUACAGUGACUUCAGGUUUUACUGGGACUUGACCAUGCUGCUGCUGAUGGUGGGCAACCUCAUCAUCAUCCCCGUAGGCAUCACAUUCUUCAAGGACGAGCACACGCCCCCCUGGAUUGUGUUCAACGUGGUCUCCGACACCUUCUUCCUCAUGGACCUGGUCCUCAACUUCAGGACGGGUAUCGUCAAGGAGGACAACACGGAGAUCAUCCUGGAUCCGCAACAGAUCAAGAUCAAGUACUUGCGGAGUUGGUUUGUGGUAGACUUCAUCUCCUCCAUCCCUGUGGACUACAUCUUCCUCAUCGUGGAGACGCGCAUCGACUCCGAUUUCUACAAGACGGCGCGCGCCUUGCGGAUUGUCCGCUUCACUAAGAUCCUCAGCUUGCUGCGACUCCUGCGCCUCUCUAGACUCAUUCGCUACAUCCACCAAUGGGAGGAGAUCUUCCACAUGACCUAUGACCUAGCCAGCGCCAUGGUGAGGAUAGUCAACCUGAUCGGCAUGAUGCUGCUGCUCUGUCACUGGGACGGCUGCCUGCAGUUCCUGGUGCCCAUGCUGCAGGACUUCCCCGCCGACUGCUGGGUGUCCAAAAAUAAGAUGGUGAACGACACAUGGGGACAGCAGUACUCCUACGCACUUUUCAAAGCUAUGAGCCACAUGCUGUGUAUUGGGUAUGGCAUGUACCCCCCGGUGGGCAUGACAGACGUGUGGCUGACCAUCCUCAGCAUGAUUGUGGGCGCUACCUGCUACGCCAUGUUUGUGGGCCACGCCACAGCUUUAAUCCAAUCCCUAGACUCAUCUCGACGGCAGUACCAAGAGAAGUACAAACAGGUGGAGCAGUACAUGUCCUUCCACAAGCUGCCGGCAGAUAUGAGGCAGAGAAUCCAUGACUACUACGAGCACCGUUACCAAGGCAAGAUGUUCGACGAGGAGAGCAUCCUGGGAGAGCUCAACGAGCCGCUGCGAGAGGAAAUCAUCAACUUUAACUGUCGAAAGCUGGUGGCGUCCAUGCCUCUGUUUGCCAACGCCGACCCCAACUUUGUCACCUCCAUGCUCACCAAACUGAAGUUUGAGGUGUUCCAGCCUGGGGAUUAUAUCAUCAGGGAGGGCACCAUUGGCAAAAAAAUGUACUUCAUACAGCAUGGGGUUGUCAGUGUACUAACCAAAGGCAAUAAAGAGACCAAGCUGUCAGAUGGCUCCUACUUUGGAGAGAUUUGUUUGCUGACUCGGGGCAGAAGGACAGCCAGCGUACGAGCGGACACAUACUGUCGCCUGUACUCACUGUCUGUGGACAACUUCAAUGAGGUGCUGGAGGAGUAUCCUAUGAUGAGAAGGGCCUUCGAGACUGUUGCCCUGGACAGGCUGGACCGUAUUGGUAAGAAGAACUCCAUCCUGCAGCACAAGGUACAACACGACCUCAGCUCUGGUGUACUGAACUACCAGGAGAAUGAGAUCAUCCAGCAGAUUGUGCAGCAUGACAGGGACAUGGCCCACUGUGCCCACCUCUUGCAGAACGUCCCACCACAGACACCUCCCUCGCCCACUCCUGUCAUCUGGGCCCCACUCAUCCAGGCCCCUCUCCAGGCAGCAGCCGCCACCACCUCAGUAGCCAUUGCCUUGACACACCAUCCCCACCUUCCACCAACUCUCUUCAGGCCUCCGGUUUCUCUUCUGGGGUCCCUAAAGGACCCUCCAGGCAGGCUUAAGAAGUUCCACACAUUUGUUCCUUCAUCCACAGCACCCGGCUCUGCUGGUGACUCUCCCUCUAGCACACCCUCUAAACUGCACAGUGGGGUGGACAUGCCAUUGCUGGCCUCUUUUAGGGCCCUGCAUAUGACGUCAGGUACAGGUGCAGCUGGCUCUAGCCAACAGGCCUCAGGUAGCGGAGGCCAGCGUGGACCAAGUGGGGCUGGGUCCAGUGGAGGAGGGGCCUCUGCCUUCCCCUUCGGACCUUUCUCUUCCUCUGGUUCACCCUCAUCUAGUACGGCCCAGCUACACCCACAACCACAGCACCAACAGCCAUUUCGCUCCAGCACGCCACCUCUCUCAAACCUCUUCCACCAAGGAUCGAUAGGUGGGAGCACAGGGUCAGGAAUAAGUGGAGGGGCAGUUGGGGCCUGUGGUGGUGCUACAGGGUGGUCUUCAGGUGGAGCAGUCGGAGGGUCUGUGGAAGGAGCUACGGGAGGAGAGCCUGCUUGGGUUGGAGAGGACUUUACAACUGGAACAAAAGGGUCACUGCCUGGGGGGCACUUUGGGUUGGGAGGAACUUCAGGUGGAUCAGUGGUAGAGAUCUCAGGGGAAUCUAUAGGAGGAAUAUCUGAAGGAUCAGUGGGUGGUGCUUGUGGUAGGUUAGCAGGUGGGGCAUCAGGUGGAUCAAUGGGAGGCUUUACCUGUGGGACAAUAGGAGAUGCAGCCAGGAGAUCAAUGGGAGGGACUUCUAGAGGGUCAAUAAAAAGAGCCUCUGGGGGAUCAUUUGGAGGGGCUUCUGGAGAGUCACUAGUAGUGACGACCACUGGAGGAUCAGUAGGUAAGCCUUCUGGUGGCUCAUGUGGAGUGGUUUCUGGAGGACCAACAGCCUCUGGGGGAUCACUUGGAGGGGGUUCUGGUGAUUCUGGUUCUGGAGGAUUGUUGGGAAGGGUUUCUAGUGGAUCAACAACUAGCCAUAUAGGAGGAGGUUCAAGUGGGCCAGGGGGAGGGGUGAUAGGAGGACAUAUUGGCCGAUCAUCAGGAGGGGCAGUAGGGAGCCAUAUAGGAGGGUCUACAGCAUGUCCUGUAGGAGGGGCUUCUGCUGGAAUUACAGCUGGACUUCUUAGUUCCUCCCGUUGUCAGAGUCCUAUAUCUAGUGGCUCAUCAAGCCCAAUGCCUGGUCUGCUUCUCCAUAGCCAGCCACCUCCUAAACCUCCUCAGGUGGCUCCUUUGCAGCAGUUUGCUGGGGGAGGCAGGACUACCAGUGGCUUAAACCUCUUCCAUUCCCCUCCACAUGGCUCCCCAUCCUCUAGCAGACGACAGCACAGCCAGCAGCCCGCUGAGGGCUCCCCAUCUUCCCUCAGCCAUUUUAGCCUGGCAGGCCUCCAGUCUGGCUUACUGCCUCACCAGAUGUCCCUGGAGAGGUCUGCCCUGGCCUCCUUGGCCCAGUAUGGUUCAGCAAACGCCUCCCCCUGCCUUACCCCAGUGGCGCCCAGCCCUACCAUCCAAAGCCCAGUGGCGGGCAGGACUUUUCAAUACAGCGACCCCUCGAGUGCCACAGGAUCCCACAGUUCUCUGCUCAUGCCUCAGUCUUCUCUCCCUUCACAGCUUCCCAGCCAGCCACACACAACUGGGAGAGAUUCUCCGCUGGGCUGCUUUUCCUAGGACCUAAAGCUUUUAUCCAGCUCGCACCCAUCUCUGCCCCAGGCCGUAGGCCACCAUACAGCUCACCCCUCUGUGGAAACUGGAUAUUUCCCCUCACCCUUUUCUUCACCCACUCUUGUGCCCAAACCCUGUAGCUCAGUGCCAGGGAGCAUGACUCCUCCAAUCCAGAUGUCUCCGGGGCACCCUCGCCAGACUCAGUCCCCUGGGGCCUCCCCGGCCUUGCCUCUACGGAGGGCCUCUGCUGCCUACUCGUCAGAUCUAGAACCUCAAACUGUCCGCUCCAAACUCCCUUCCAAUUUGUGAGGAUUAAUCACACCCUCCUGUGCUCCUCCAAACUAAAACACACACAAACUAUCUCAGUGUGUGGCGUUGUUUUCUUUCUGUCUUCAGACUUCACUGUGUUCCACCUCUCAUUUUACCAAGAUCUUAAAAAUUACUGUGAUUUAAAAGACACUUUACCGGGUAACUCGGAGCUCUAGAAUACUCUAUAUUUGUUUUAUGCUUUGUCCUCUUUUUUAUUCAUACAUACUGUACAUAGAUAGAUAUAUAUUUAAAUGAUAAGUUAAUCAAGGGACUAGGAGGGUGUGAAAAAGAUCUCCAUUUUAAGGACAGUCAUUUUCUUUAUUUCUAUAACUAUGCCAAAUUCAUCUGGUGAUGUUUGGGAAGACAAUUCAAUGGACUACUCAAUAAUAUUCUUUUUCUGCAGGAACCUAUGCACUAAUACCUGCAUGUAUAAAUUGCUUUUUGUGUGUUUCAAAAAAUUAUCUACAUUUUUAGCUAAAACAACAUGCUUCGAGAUAGGCUGACUCUUGUACCAACUCAUACAGGAUCACAUAUUGUUGAUCCAUAAAUGUAUCUAUUAGAUUGUACUUAUUUAUCCUCUGUAUAAACUUUUCAAAACCUAAUGAGAGAUGGAGAAGAGAUUUUAGGAAACCAAAAAGACUUUUCCUGCGGGGUAAUAAUUCACCUCCUCUCGGCCCGUCAAUCCUUAUUUUAUACCACUUUAUCGUAAUAAUACUGUUUUUUGAAGCAGGGGGAGAGGGGUUCAGCGAACUACCCUCCAUCUCAAUAUUGAGACAUAACAGUAUGUGAGCGACUGGCUUUCUGCAGAGUCCUCGACCAUGUUCUAACAAGCUCACUUUGUCUUCCAAGCUCAUGCCGCUAAUGUGUGUAGAAAGCAUGUGUUGUUUUACUUCCUGACUGUGUGCAACUGUUAAUGUGUGAGUGUUACUGAGAAUAAGUGUGUGAUUCAGUGGAACAGUCGGAUGCAAGGAAAGACUUUUCCAUGGACUUAUCAAAAGGAUGUUUGCCUUUCACACACAAAAACUAGGACUUCCAUUAACCACAGCUUGUGUGUUGCAUUGUGUAGCACUCAGAGAGUUUAAAACUAUAACAGUAGCCCCAAAUCUAGCCUUUCAGUCAUUGAGCAAAUGCAGUACAUACAGUACACAAGCUGAAAUAUCCGAAAAGUGCUGGAAACAGAAAUAUGCCACUUGAUAUUUGAUUUGUGCUUUAUUUAUUUUACUGUAGCUGCUAUGUGAUCAACAUAGACCUGUUUCCUCAUUUAGGGUCAGUGCUGAGUUUGAGAUGUUGAAUGUAUGUACAUUUGGUGUUGCUAAAAGCAAGUACUGUAGCUAUGGUGGAUGCACUGAAGGCACAGUAGCCCUAGGGCUUAAGAGACUGUUCUGUAACUAAAAAGGCCAUUGGUUAAAUAUCUUCGACAGACGUUUUCAUCAGCAGCCAUUUCUCCUGCCAAAGUGUCCUUUAGCAAGACACAGAACCAACUCAAUUGUUGUGAGGCAAUCUGGAUAUAUGACUCAGUAAGUUGCCUGAAACAGCUCACUGUUUACUGCAUGGUCUCAAUAACUUUUUGUCAUUCUGCUGCGCCGCUUCUGUAAGUCUGUGGGAAAUUGCUUGCAUUAAGUUGCAGGGAGAACUUUGACAACCAUUAGUUUGAGUUUUGUCCCAGUGAACAUUUUACAGGGUUCCCAUGGUCAUGAAAUUCCUGGAAAAGCUAUGACAUUAGAAAAUCUGUUUUCCAGGCCUGAAAAUAGUUUUAGAUAUAAAUUGUUUUUAAAAUAUGUUCAUAAAAAUCCCAAAACAUGUCUAACAUUACAAGUAUGGUCCAGUUAUUACCAAUUUAAUUUUUUUUUGCUGCACUGCAUGACCAUUUAAAUUUCACUAGUAUCAUAUGAUACAUAUAGACCAGACCGGCAUUGCCUCGCUAAGGCCACGCCCCCUUUUUCAGACCAAUAACAAGACCAGAAGCAUCAGACUGAUGUCUCCAACUAAAUCUCAGCCUGUAGAUCAAACAGUUAGGUAUGAACAGCUUGAACAAUACCUGGUGAUUCAAUCAAAUAUAUAUAAAUAUCCUGAUGUUGGGUCAUUGAUCCACUUGAACAGGGGAAAGACUGAUUGGACAUGGCAGCAAUCAACCUUCAUUUGUUAAGGUGACGCUCAGGUUCAGGCAAAGUUGCAAAAGUCAUUCGGCAUGUCCAUAGAACAAACAUUUUUUUAACAAUAAAGUGAUAAAACUGCGUUGACAACUACAGGAUCUGCGGGUUUCUAUCCCUCAAAAAGGUGUGUGGCUUGACAUUUUACCUUUAAGUACCUGUCUGGGUUGGUCUGGUGUGCUGGCAAUGGGCAAGUGCUAGCUAUUUGCUUAUCCGCAAAUGCCUCGGAGGUGCAUGUGUAAUAAUGUAUGGAUGUAUUGCUAUAUAGGCCUACCCAUUUUAAACCAAAUACAGAAAGUCAUGGGAAAUGGGGUAAAAUAUUACGGAAAAGUUUUGGAAAUUCAUUGGUAAAAAAGUGUGGGAACCCUGCUUAAAAAUGUACCAGCUAUUGAAAGAUCUGGACUUCACUUUUGAUUGCAUUGCUGCCAGUAUCUCGGAAUUCAUAUAAUGUCUAUAUAUAUACAGUACAGGCCAAAAGUUUGGACACACCUUCU